AUGGAAGCUGAAAAGAUGAUAAAAGUAGAACCUUUGGCUUGGGAAGAAGCUUGGGCGUUGUUUCAGAAGAAGGUUGGGGAUAUUGAUUUUGAUAUUGUUCCUCUGGCUCAAGAUGUUGCUAAAGAGUGUAGUGGGUUGCCAAUCGCACUCAUUACCAUUGGUAGAGCCAUGGCCAGUAAAAUUACAAAGGAAGAAUGGGAGCAUGCUCUUGAGGUACUUAGAAGCCCUGCCUCAAGCUUACCGGGCAUGGAGGAUGAGGAAGAGUUUGAAAUUGAGAAAGAUGACUUAGUACAUUAUUGGAUUUAUGAGAAUUUUUGUGCUCGCAAUGAGGCAUAUUCUAUAAUUGGCACUCUUGUUGGGGCAUGUUUAUUGGAAGAGAAAGGCCGACAUGUGAAAAUGCAUGAUGUGAUUCGUGAUAUGGCUCUGUUGAUAGCAUGUAAAUAUGAAAAAGAAAAACAUAAGUUUUUUGUGGAAGCGGGUGCCCAAUUAACUCGAGUACCAGAGGUUGGAAAAUGGGAAGUAUCAAAGCGGAUGUCCUUGAUGGCAAACUCCUUCGAGAGAAUCCAAGAAGUUCCUAGAUGUCCUUAUCUUUUGACUUUAUUUCUCAGCGAUAAUCGUAAUUUGAGUGAGAUCAGUGAUUGUUUCUUUCAGUUUAUGGGUACACUAACCGUUUUAGACCUAUCAAGUACUAAUAUCAAAAAAUUGCCGGUAGGAAUAUCAAAAUUGAACUCAUUGCAAUAUCUUAAUCUGUCAUGGACGUUGAUAAGUCAAUUGCCAAUUGAAUUGAAAAUGUUGGUAAAUCUGAAAUAUCUGAACUUGGUGUGUAAUUUCAAGCUAAAUAUGAUUCCAAGGGGUGUCAUAUCCAGUUUAUCAUCAUUGCAAGUUUUGAAAAUGUACAACGUUGGUUUUCUUUGGGUCGAAGAAUUGGAAGAUAAUAUAUUGAGGGAAGAGAACAAGCUAAUAGAGGAGCUACAAUGUUUGGAACACUUGAAUGAAUUGAGCAGUACAAUAAGAAGUGUCUCAGAUCUCCAGAGUUAUGUCAACACCCACACAUUAGUCAACUGUACUCGAGCUCUAUGGCUUAAUUUGUUUCCAAGUAAACAAUCUCUCAACAUUUGGUGGUUGGCAAAUAUGAAGAAUCUAGAAGAUAUGGUUAUAAUUGGUGGAAGAAAUUCAGAAGAGUUGGGUGUUAAUGUUGUAAUGGAAGAGAUAGAAGCACAUGAUGCAGGUGGAGGUGCAGGCAACUCAAUGAUCUCAAGGAAGACAUACUUUAAUAGCCUUCAUACAUUGACUUUAGGAGGAAGCCUCAGUUGA